AUGGCGGCAGUAGAGCUGGCCCUAGCCUCCUGCGCGCUCAGCGCUUCGCCCGUUGACGCGCCGACGGCCUUCGAUACGGCCACGAGCGGCGGUGGCCUUGUGGUCUCGGCCGAGCCCGCAGUACUACUGGCCCAGGGCAGUACCGACCCCGCCCCCACGGUAGAGGGCGGAGGCAAGAAGAAAGCGCGGCGCCGCAAGCGAGGCAAGGCCAAGCGCCGUUCUGCAGCUGAUGAAGAAGAAGGAUACGAGGAAGAAGAGGGUCAGCCGGCAACGACGGCGGCCAGCAACGAACUGCUGCGGCAUGCCGGGUGGCCUGUAGAGGUGCGCUACGCCCGGGGUCGGGGCCGCUACGCCGUUGCGGCACGGGCCGUGGCCGCCGGGGCGGUGGUGCUCCGCGAGCGGGCCUUUGCCGCGGCGGUGGCGGCCCCGCAGCAGGGCCUGGCCUGCCACGCCUGCUUCCGCUACGCGCCCAACGCAGGCCCGGGCGGCGCCGCGCUGCGGCACACGUGCGCCCGGUGCGGUCAGGUCUCGUUCUGUUCUGCGGCCUGCGCCACCCCGACCCCCUCUGGCCGGUUCGUGCACCCCAAGGCCGAGUGCGAGGCGCUGCAGCGGCUGCACACGACCUGCAACCUCAAGGGGUUCUCGGUGGACGAGGUGGCCGAGGUGCGGCUGCUCAUCCGCAUUCUGGUGCUGCGGUGGAUCGCAGCAAACUCGGCCAACGUAGAAGAAGACGGCAACAAUGGAGAAGGGAGCGACACCAGUAGCGCGGUGGAGACGUCGUUCGCCCACUUCAUGGAGCUGAUGUCCAACAAGCACAGCUUCGGCUCCGCGGCCAUCAACCGCUUCCGGCAGCGGGCCUUCCUCAUCAUGGAGGCCUUGUCCGGCCGAGCGACGAGCGACGUGCUGCAGGGACUGGACGUGGACGAGAUCGUGGAGUACAUCGGGCGGCUGGAGAGCAACACGUUCGCCCGGUACUCGACCACGAAGCGGAAGACGGUCAACUACGGCUCGGCGCUGUACAACUGCGCGGCCAUGUUCAACCACAGCUGCUUCCCGUCGGUCGUGCGCCAGUUUGACGGGCAGCACCUCACCCUGCGCGCCCUGCGCCCGCUCAACCCGGGCGACGAGCUCACGAUGACCUACAUCCCGCUGCGGGACGACACGCCCGAGAGACAGGACGAGCUGCAGCAGCACUACCACUUCGCCUGCCGAUGCCAGAGGUGUGAGGCCCGGGGAGCAGAGGUGGAACGCUACAUGGAGGAGUGCCUGCUGUGCCCCAACGACAAGCGCGAGUGCGACGGGCUGCUCGUGUGUCUAGACGACGAUGACAAUGGCGGCGACAAAAACGAAACCAAAGAGGGAGCAACUACACGCCGGCAGCACUGUCUGGCGUGCGGCUUCACGCGCGACAUCGACGUAAGCCGACUGACACCCACCUUCGCAUGA